ACCCCUACCCGGCGGCUGGGUUGGCGGUAUGAGUGCGCGCGCGCGCCAGCGAGAAAAUCCCUCCAGCCCGCCGGGAAUUGUUUGCUGGGCGUCACGGCGUCACAUGCAGAUUUCCUGCCCCUGGUAGUAACAGCCCUUUGCAGAGAAGAAUAACCUGAGCUCGCCUGCUCCCGCUGCGAGACAGCCAGUCUUGCCGGGGGGGGGGGGGGAGAGACACACACACACACAGCCGCCGCUGCUGCUGCUGCUGGCCGAUCCAUCUCCGCCCAGCUAGCACCGCGCUUCUCCCUCUUGCAACAAAAGCGAGGCUGAGCGCGCUGGCGGGCGAGCGCCUGCGUUGGCCUCCCGCGUCCAAAAAACAAAGGCGAGCUCCUGCAAGCGCCUUCGGCCAGUCCGGGGAGGGAGAAGCGGAGCGGCCGAGCGGGGAAUCCAUUGCAGGCGGAGGAGGCGGAGGGUUGCAGGUUGCUGGCGGCCGGGAUCCGGAUGGGCUGGGGCAGCCGCCGGGGCCUCGGGGCCGGGGUACGGCGCUCCUAGCUUCCCCCCUCCCCCUCUCCCGCUCCCAAAUCUCGAGCCCCCAAAUGACCCUGCGCUCGGCCGAAUCCUCGGAUGUCACUGACAGGACUGGGGCCCAGUGGGAGGCUGCCGGAGCGGCGGCGGCGGCAGUGGCGGCGGAGCCUUCAGAGGAGGAGCGCCUGGAGUUAGCCAUGCGGGAAUUGAGGCUCGCAGGAUGGUACUGGGGUAACUUGAGUGUUGUAGAAGCCAAGGAGAGAUUACAAGAUACGUCUGAAGGUUCUUUCUUGGUCAGAGACAGCUCGCACUCUGAGUACCUGCUUACUAUUUCAGUGAAAACGUCAGUCGGACCUACCAACCUACGCAUAGAAUUUCAAGAUGGCAAAUUCCGACUGGAUUCUAUUAUCUGUGUUCGGUCAAGGCUCCGGCAGUUUGACAGUGUGGUCCACCUGAUUGAAUAUUACGUUCUUAUGUGCAAGGACAGAAGAACUGCGUCUGAAAUGCCUUCCAAUGGAACAGUCCACCUGUAUUUGAAUAAACCUCUCUAUCAUUCAACUUCAUCUCUACAGCACUGCUGUAGGGUAGCUAUAAACAGAUACACAAAUGAGAUCCAGGAACUUCCUUUGCCAACAAGACUGAAGGAAUUCUUGAAAGAAUAUCAAUAUCGGAUAUAAAUAUAUCAUCUACUCUGCCUCGCUUUUUUGUAAAGAUAUGAAUACAGUUUUAUGAAAUCAAAAGCCCUGUGCAGUCAGCUGCAAAAAAGUAUUGUGUAAGGUCAUUCUGAUAAUAGCCAAGGUAAUCUUUAUGUGUAGAAAUGGCAUGGGAUGAGGUAGCUUGAACUCAGGAUUCCACAGUCAAAACUUUGCAGCAGAGUAAUCUCUGCUGUUUCUCCUGAAUGGCCAGUCUCUUAAACCUCAUUGAGAAAAGUGCCUGUGUUGCAGUGAGGUUGAGAUGCAAGCAGUGAGGUUGAGAGGAAAGGUUUGUCAUUCUUCCGCAUUGAUGCCUUCUUUUGGCUCUUAAAACCCUACUCCUUUAUAUUGGGGCAGUCCUGCAUCUAAAAGUCAGGUCUACCAACCUAUAUCUCGUUUGGCUCUGCCACAUUUGACUGGUUUUCUCUUUUGAGAACCAUUGGGAGCAAUCUUCCUGUACAACCGACAACAAACUAAUUCAAGCAUUCUGUUAGUGGUGUGGCUGUCUUUGAAAAAUCACUUCUGUACGAAGAAUGGGAUUUGUGUGAUUCAUCACCAGUGAUGUCAUAGGCGUUACCUAACGCAUGUCCCUGAGACUUGUGCAACCGCAUUGCAAAUAGCAAUCUCGAUCGAUACAGUACCUUGUGGGAGAUUCACAUUUCCCAGUAGCAAAAUACUGUAGUUUGAGAGCUGAGGUGCAAGUGUCUUCUCGCCAAAAGGUCUAAGGUGAGAGCAAACAUCUGGAUCCCAUGCAGCAAAUGACUUCCUAACUUUGCAUUUAUGGCACUCCAAACUUUUCAAAAUUUCUGUAGGAGAACUUAGAUACUGGGAUAUAAAUUUCCAGAUGAAAAUAAACAACUGGCACAGAAGUUCUUGGUGGGGUGGCAGUUCUAUAAGGAAUGGGUUAACACUGAUUUUAAGAUGAACUUGAGGCUUCCUAAGAUGCUGUCUCCUUGCAGCAUUAAUUGCAGCCUGCUCAUUCAGUUAAUAACUUGUACAUUUUAGUUUAUGGCUGAAAAUCGGGACAUUGUAGAACAUAGUGGAUAUUUUACAACAUAACACCAGAGUUUUGUUCAUAUUUACCCCCAAAUGUUGACCUAGCAAUGCUUUCUGAUUCUGAAUAACUUAUGAAAACCUUCCGAUUAGUUCUACUCAUUUUUGCUCGGAAAUAAGUGUUCUUGGGUUGCAGCCAAGUCUCAUUUGGACUGUCCAUGGAAUAGACUUCUAAGCAGAUGUGAUUAGGAUCAGUUUGUAAGACAGCUAAUCACAUUGAACCAGAAUUAAUGGACUCUGCUUACUUGUAUAUACCUACAAUGAUCUCCCUUCAACGUAUGGGGACUGUACUACAUUGAGUAAUAUAAUUAAAAUGGAACCUUAUUUCAAAUAAAGCUGAAUUGAAAAAGCAAACCCUUCACUCUCUGUUACAAGGGCCCAGUGGAUCAUUUUUAUAUUAGUGUAGUAUACCAAGGUUUUUGUUAGUGUGACAGAAAACUUCUUUUUCAUUUUAGAUCCACUUACUGCCUAUAAUAGGCCUCCCUUGAAUGAGACACUAUAUAAGCCUAGACUGCGGCCUUGCAGUUGUGGUUUCCAUGCCUGAUCAUGGAUAGCAGCAAUUAUAACUUCCUUCUACAAUGUAGAAUUUUUUAUUCUUAUUUCCUUGAUAUGCAAGAAAGUUUGUGUGAUCUAAAGAUUGUGUUUUCAAUGCCUUAGCUGUCAGAUUUCAGAUUGUAUUAAAUAAAGUAAACAUAAUUGCAGAGGCUGCAUGUCCUCAAUGUGUUUGGGUUAUUCGGAAAGUAUAUUGUACAGCGCUUAAAAAAACAUUCAUUGCCUUCUUCCUUCAUCUCCAUUGAGAAAUAUGUAACAAAGAGAAAUCUCAUAUCACAUUUCGUACACGUUCAUUCAAAAAUUAGGUACCUAACAUUGUGAUUGGUGGUGUUUGUUUUAGUGUACUUUCUGUGCUCCACAAUUUUUGUCUAAUGUAUUCCCACAACAACAUUAAAGUUUAAAAGCACCCAAUGUGUUAUUGAAUUCCCACAAGUGAAAUACUACUACAUAUUAAUACAUGUAGUAGCAUUCAUAAUUUGGCACCUAUGAAGUUAAAUAGAAGGGUGGUCAAUCUUAAGACGGGUCUUGCUGGAUCAGACCAAAGAUCUAUGUACUCCAGCAUAUUAUUUUCCCCCAGUGGCCUGUCGGCUGCCUUUGGGAAGUCCACAAGUAAGGAAAUAGAUUUUUCUCAGUGGUGACCUAACAUCUGGUAUUCAGUGGCGUUCUGAUGCUGAACCUGAAGGCUCCACCCAUCUAUCAUGCUUGAUAGUGAUUUGUAAACCUACACUCUUGUCUAUUAGAGCUGUCUGAACUAGUGGUCAGCACCACAACUUACAGCUGAAUUCCAUGAAUUCAUUAUGCAUUCUGUGAAGAACGAAUUGCUCUUGUCUGUCCUGUCAGUCUGCUUGUUAGCCUGCACUUUGAACGUUGGUUUUAUGAACGAAGGGGGAAGUAUUUCUAUCUGCUUUCUCUACACUAGGCAUAUUAGCUGCAUACGACAUUGUCUUGUAAAAUCCUAUGCAAGUUUACUCAGAAGUUCAAUGGUACCCAACAUCGCUUUAGGACUGAAGUUGGGGGCUCCUUGUAUCUGUAUUCUGCUUUCCCCCCUUUCUAGCUGAAGUUUGAAUACCGUAUGUCAUGACGAGAAGAAGCAACAAAAACUCCGAUCUCCUGAAGAUUUCUCAGCCCUGCAACAGAUAGUAAGACAAACUUUAUUUUUUUAAUUUUUUUACCCCAGCCCUCCAAAGCUUUAGUUUAUCUGCAAGAGUUAGAGUAAGACCACACAUUGAGUACACAAGCAGUCUUGGUCUUCCUUGGCUAUGUAUUUGUGGGGAUAAAUGUAGGUGAUCCACAGAGAUAAUGAACAAGGGUGGCAGCAGUUUAUGUGAUUUGGCCAAAUCUGUGCUCACUUGGUUCAUACAUUCCUUUGUUUUGGGCAGCUUUGUCAAGCAGAACCUUCUGUCUCUUGAAUCAAGUAAUGAGGGACUUGCAAUGUCCUCAGGAACAAAUUGCAUGUUAACAUGGUGCUCUGCCACCUCAAGGGACUAAUGUGCUUCCUCCAACCCAGCUGCUAUCUGAAAUAUAUCCCUGUAUCCACUACAUCAGGCAUCCCCAAACUUCGACCCUCCAGAUGUUUUGAACUACAAUUCCCAUCUUCCCCGACUACUGGUCCUGUUAGCUAGGGAUCAUGGGAGUUGUAGGCCAAAACAUCUGGAGGGCUGCAGUUUGGGGAUGCCUGCACUACAUGGUUCAAAAGGACUGGGGGGGGACUCACUUCUCACUGGGUGCUGAAUAUACAGCAGAGCAGGACGUUUUGUGUCUAUUCUGGCUGAAGCCAAGGAAAGUGUAAAGGUCCUGGCUCUUGAUGGGGGGCAUUAAUGGAGCUGGCAAAUGUUAAAGCCUGAUGAUUGAUGGUGCCGACACAAAUACAUGCAUAGAGAAUGCCAGUACCAUUUGUUAGUGCAAGAAGUUGAGGAGAAGCGGAAGGACCAUGCUACGAUUCACAACAAAACAUCUGUCUCACUUCCCUGUUCCUUCUCACAAACUGGGAUAGGAGGUCUUCCAUUCUUUUAGUAUUGGUAACUCCAAACCAUAUCUACGUAUUUUUGUUGUUGUUGCUGGUUCAGUUUAGCAAAGGGAAGAAACUAGCUUUCACCUUGGCCAUAAGAGGUAUAAGAGACUAGGCAAGUUAGAUAUGUUUCUAAUGAACAAAUUCAGAGACUCACAUUUCACAUUUUUUGUCUCCAAACUGGAAUGCUGCUCAAUAGCCAACUGAAAACCAACUUAGCCCUAACAGAUUAAAUUUGAUGGUACAAGUUUAUUUGGUUUUGUUUUCUUAAAAGAAGGGCAGCAACAAAUUUUGACUCAUGUACGGUAAUAAGUCCUGCAUACUUCCUUAUUUUAUAAAAUUAAAUGCUUUACCAUUUCUUAAACCAGUGAUGGGGAAGCUGAUGCCCAGGGAGCAAAUGUGCCACUGCAGGCCUCUUAUGUCUGGACCUCAAGGCCACCGCUGUCCCUGGCCCAAUUUGCAUCAAGUGUUUUUGCCUGGGUGGAAUGUGUCCUUAAGUUCCGAUAAUGCCUUUUGCUUGACUGUGUGGAAGGUAGAGAGAGGUGUGUGAAAGCAUAUUGUUGCACCACCCCAAUCUCCGAGCGGUGUAAGAUUCUAGGGAUUCCAGGCACUUACGCUGGGUUUCAUGUUUCCUUUUGGAAAUGAAGCACAGCGGGGACUGUGGUGUCCUUAGGAUAGAUGACUUAUUUACACAUAUAUACAUCCUGAGCCUACAAUGAAGGGGU